ACAACUGACCGUGACGAGCGAUAAUCUUAUUCUUUUUUCAUAUCCUCUGUUAAGAAGUUUCACUAAUUCAUCGACGUGUACUUGUAAAACGUAAUUUUUUGAAUUUUAGAUAACUUCAUUGGGUAAACUUAUACCUAUGCAACAAGAAACGUUUUCAGAUCAAUUUAUGUCAGCUUCCUUGGACGGGACUAUAAAAGUGUGGGACUUGCAAUUGAAAUUAGUGAAGAAACCCUAUCAAAAAAGUGAAACUAAUUCUCGUUUUCGUCGUCCAAAAAAUCUGAUGUCCGAUAAAUCACCAUUGAGCCAUUUAAACAACCGUCUAAGACCAUUGUAUUCGAUCAUAAUCAGAGAACCAGAAAACCCCAUGCAGAGCACCACGUACAGCCCCAUAACGGCGAUGUCCUUCGAGAUACCCUUAAUGCAAUACAAAUACAUCUGUCAGAAACCUCUGCAGAUCGGCAAACGGCAAUUCGAAUACGGUAAUCGUCAACAGUAUACGACAGUAGAUCGGUGAAACAUA